UCCGGCCCCGUGUCCCUGGGUAUGUAUCAUUGGCUUGCUCUCUCCUCUCGCCCUGCCCAGCCACCUCCUGACGUUCAAGUUCGCGGGCACGUCACGUACGCACUUGAACUUGGUCGUUUUAAAGCCAUGACGGCUAUCCCACAAUCCAUCUCCAUCCGCCAUCUUUGUAUUAUUUCUAAUUUAUUUUAUGUCAAGCCAUUGAUGAAGAUAUUUUCUCUGGAGUCUCCUUCUUCCCGCUCCCGAUGUGACCGAGCAUGUCUCGCCGCAAGCAAGGCAACCCUCAGCACUUGAGUAAACGGGAAUUUUCACCUGAUUCCCUGGAAGCCAUUCUUACAGAUGAAGAGGAGGAGCAUGGCACCUUGGGAGCUCCUGAGGGUGACCACGAUCUCCUUACCUGCGGCCAAUGUCAGAUGAAUUUCCCAUUGGGGGACAUUCUAAUCUUUAUUGAGCACAAAAGGAAGCAAUGUAAUGGUGGCCUCUGCUUGGACAAAGCUGUGGAUAAGCCUCCGUCACCUUCUCCCAGUGAGCUGAAAAAGGCAUCCACACCUGUCGAAGUUGGCAUACAGGUCACACCAGAUGAUGAUGAUUGCCUGUCUACAUCAUCCAAAGGAGUUUGCCUGAAACAGGAAAGCACAGCAGCAGGAAAGGAUGAGCCCAGCAGUUACACUUGCACAACUUGCAAACAGCCAUUCAGUAGUGCAUGGUUUCUCCUUCAACAUGCCCAGAACACCCAUGGAUUCAGAAUUUAUUUGGAAACUGAGCACGGAAGUCCAUUAACCCCCCGGGUUGGCAUUCCUUCAGGACUUGGGGCAGACUGUGCUCCUCAACCUCCACUUCAUGGACUUCACAUAGCUGACAGUAGUCCUUUCAACCUACUGAGAAUGUCCGGGCCUGUUUCACGGGAAACUCCAGGGCUUGGAGAAGGACGCUUUCCCCCUACACCGCCAUUGUUUAGUCCUCCACCUCGGCAUCACCUAGACCCACAUCGAAUGGAUCGGUUGAGUGCUGAGGAGAUGGCAAUGGUCGCUGUACAUCACACCAGUGCCUUUGACAGGGUACUACGUCUUAACUCCAUGCCUAUUGAGCCACCAUCCAUGGAUUUCUCUAGGAGACUUAGAGAGUUGGCUGGCAACACUUCCACUCCACCAUUGUCGCCAAACCGUCCGAGUCCUAUGCAAAGGCUAUUGCAACCAUUCCAGUCGAGCAACAAAUCCCCAUUUGUCAGCACACCACCCCUCCCACCCCUCCAGCCCACAGCACCUCCUGCCCAGACUGUACUCAAAUCUAAGUCUUGUGAAUUCUGUGGGAAAACAUUUAAGUUUCAGAGCAAUUUGAUAGUGCACCGUCGAAGCCACACCGGUGAGAAACCGUACAAGUGCCACCUUUGUGAUCAUGCCUGCACUCAGGCCAGCAAAUUAAAGAGACACAUGAAAACACACUUGCACAAGUCCUCACCUAUGACAGUCAAGUCAGACGAUGGGCUUUCCACUGCAAGCUCUCCUGAACCGGGUACUAGUGACCUUGUUGGCAGCGCCAGCAGUGCCCUCAAAUCUGCAGUAGCAAAGUACAAGAGUGAAACAGAUACCAAUAUGAUUCCAGAAAAUGGAGAUGAAGAGGAGGAGGAAGAGGAAGAGGAAGAAGAGGAGGAGGAGGAGGAGGAAGAGGAGGAGGAACCGGAAAAUGAUAACAGAUCAGAUUUUGCCUUUGGAGUCAAUCUCGAGAGUGGGCGUCACCACGAGAAUAGUUCAAGACCUGUAGAGGAGAAGAGAUCUUUGCCUGAAGUGAUGCAUAGCAUCACCAUGAAUACAAUGCAACAUUAUGGUGAGGCCUUUCACCAAGUUCUUGUUGAAAAACACAAGCGGACUCAUCACUCAUCUGAAACAGAAGUUCAAAGAGAUACUUAUGAUGAAGAUUCGGUUGCUGGUGAAUCUGAUCGCACAGAUGAUGGUACAGUCAAUGGUAGAGGUUCCUCUCCAGGUGAAUCAGCCUCUGGAGGCUUAUCCAAGAAGCCUAUUUUGGGAAGCCCGACUUCCCUUAGUCCUUUCUCCAAACGCAUAAAACUUGAGAAAGACUUUGACCUGCCAUCAGCACCUUUGGCUCCCACGGACAAUGUUUACUCCCAGUGGCUUGCUGGUUAUGCUGCCUCACGACAGAUGAAAGACCCAUUCCUCAGCUUUGGAGACUCCAGACAAUCGCCUUUUGCAACUUCAUCUGAGCACUCUUCAGAAAAUGGAAGUUUACGCUUUUCCACUCCUCCAGGAGAAAUGGAUGGUGGGAUCUCAGGUCGGAGUGGCACAGGAAGUGGUGGAAGCACGCCCCAUAUCACUGGACCGGGUCCUGGACGGCCCAGCUCCAAAGAGGGCAAGCGAAGUGACACAUGUGAAUUUUGCGGCAAAAUCUUCAAGAACUGCAGCAAUCUCACGGUCCACCGGAGAAGCCACACGGGCGAGAGACCAUACAAAUGUGACCUGUGCAACUACGCCUGUGCCCAGAGUAGCAAGCUCACGCGACAUAUGAAAACGCACGGUCAGGAGGAAGCCAGGGAGCUACACCUGCACUGUUCUGCAUUAUUGACACACAAGGGACAUAGCAGCCCAAACUCCAAGAUCUAGAAGCUGUAUGUUGCAGUUCCUUGCUUUAAUGGGUGAGGUAUUACGGCUAUUAUCUGUCUCAAUUACAGCCACAGUGAUACACAGAUGGACAAACAGAUGGACAGGGCCAUUGGAGUAAAACCUGACAAGGUUGCCUCACCCACUCAGCAAGGUGAGACUGGAGCACCAUCGACGAAGUUCCAACCAACUGAAGCUAUGUGGACAUUCUCCCUUCUGAAGGGAAUCAAUGUAAUGUAAUUUUUUUUAAAGUUAGUGCUUGAAAAUUAUGAGAUUCAUAACUUAAAACAUUUAAAUAUUUGAUAUAAAAAAGCUCUCUGGUGAGGCACCUUUUCCGUAGAAUUUCUCUGUGCUAAUGCACUGUUUUUUUUCUAUCAAACUUUCAUAUGUAACACUUGAAGCUGUGCAAUGCAGUGAGGCACCUCCACUUGUCAGUAGUUAAGACUCCCACUAAAAUAUUCCUGAAGGAUAUGCUAUUCAAUAAGUGAAACGGUCCUGUAGGAAUUUUAAAGGACUGCUUUUUGUCUUAUGAGAUUUAAUAGGACCCUGUCAAAUUUGCAAAUUCUUAUGGAGAUUUUAGCAAUCGGCUGCACUGGAGUGGCUGAAAGGAAAUGAAGGCAGGAUAUGCAAGAGAACUCAAUGUCUGACAGCAGUUUUGUGGGUUAAUUGCAUUCUACUAUCAGAUCAAUGAAAGCAAAUGAAGACAUUCCAUAUAAAUAGGACAAUGCCUUUUUAUAAGGCUAACUAAGCUACACACUUAUUGUCAGAUAUAUAUGCAUAUAACAAAUAAAGACCAUCCCCUACCCACAACCUAAAGGAACUUGUUGAUUUACUAGGGGAGGGGGAACGUAAGCACUUGUGGGAACUGCUUAGAGCAGUGUAGUUUUUAUGGGAUGACCUCACGAUUUUAAAUUGUUAUUGAAAUGAUUGCUGUGCAUUCACACCUGCCACUUUUUGAAUACUGCCAGGCAGAUUUAGUUUUUUUUACCUUUCAGGGAUUUUUGGCUUGCAAGUAGGAAAUUCUUGACAACUCAUUUUCCACUCUUCUUAAUUGGCCCCUUCAGAAUUGCAGUUGGGUCACACUGCCCUUCCUGCUGGCCAACAAACAAGCUUUGCAGUGUUCGUAAUAAUGUGACUGAUUAUUUUUUUCUAAAAUAAAUAAUGCUAACAAAUGCAUUAAGAGUUGUCAAUAAAUAAGAUUCUUCAUCAAGAACAUUUUUUAAAAAUCAAAUGAUUGCAUAGGCCAAUGGUUGCUUAAACGCUUGCUUUUAUGUGGCAAUUUCUGUUUUUUUUUAUUUGUCUAUUUAUUUAAGCAUUUUGUGCUGAUAACAUAAUCCAGAGCAAUGUCUUGGAGUAUACUGAAUCUGACAGUGCGCUGAAGCUCAAUUAACAUCAGUUGAUACCAUCAUUAACCCAGAGUGUACGGCCUCAGCUGUCUAUGCAUUCAUUCAGUUCCAUCAUACUGGAGGGCUUAUUAUUUCCUCUGAGGUGUAUCUCUGAUGAUAUUCUCAAUAUGCACUGUGCACACAAAAUCCCUUUAAAAGGUAUAGAAAUAAAGAAUGUCAGAAUUUAUCUGAAUUCACUUUAACGACUUUAUUUUGUUAAAGAAAUGAAGUGGUCUUGCGAGUAAAAUGUCAUUUGUGGACAGAAUUAAAGCCCGUCAAUACUUUUGUUACCCCAGUUUAUUUCGAUUAGUUUCGUUCAUCUAUUGACUCUGCUUCACACUGUUCAUUGCUUUUUGGGUGAGACAGUGAGCAAGUGGUUUAACUAUCAGGAAUCCACCUAUUUGACUCUAUGACUGGCCAGCAAGGAGGUUCAUCUGCGCGUGUGAUGGAAAAACUCAGGGGUCUCACAUGCUAAUAUUAAUUUCCUGCUUGUGGGGAAUUCACCUUACCUCCCCUUCAUUGCCUACCACUUGUCAUGUAAAGAUUCCUGUGAAUGAGCCCACAUCCUACCACUUAUUAAACAAUAGUGUACCAUCCUGGAUGCAAAAUGAAGCUUUGUUAAAAAAUGCAAUUCUUCUUUUUGUAGAGAAGGUAAAUGAAGUGGAAUCCUGCAGUAGGAUCAGACGGGACUUUGCUAGGUCUAACUGCACCAUUACUGACUGUAAAAAUCAGAACUGGGACAUGGGACCAAUUGGGAGCUUUCAGACAUAUGCUGCUCACGAUGGAUUGUACUUUACUUACAUAUUUUUACUUUCUUGCACAUGACAUCAUAAUUGGCAGCCCAUUAACACAAAAUGAACCCUAGUGUUUCCAAAAAUCAAAAGGACAUAAUUUAUAGCAUAUUCUGAGUAGUUCUGCGUGUUUGCUAUAAUUACGAAGUACGGCCAAAAUCUGGUGAAAUCCCCUUGUUUAAUGUCACAAAUGUAAAAAGAAAGCAGAUUGCUCUCCACUUAAAAGAGUCAUAGAAAUAAACUUGUAAAGUGACAAAUUGUUUUUUUCAAUCAUACUUUAAUCUUUCUGAACAAUCAUUAUGCUUGCCAUGAGAAUACUGAGCACCUUGUCAUCCUUUUACAAUGCUGUAUGCAGACAUUGUACUAACGGUGUAUAUAUGCUGCUAUGAAAUGUAUUCUGUUUCAGCUAGUCACCAUGGAUUCAGAAACAUGUAUUUUGUAUUCCCUACAAUAAAGUUUU